CGUCGUCGUCACCUUCCCAAAUUUUAACAGAAUCACGUCAACGUUCUUCAGAUUUGCUUCCUUUUCUCUCCUUCUCAACUUGAUUCCUUUUUGAUCAAACCCACUUACCAAUUCCGAGACUUUGAACUCUUUGACGAGCUAAAGUUUUGAAAAUUUCUGUUUCUUUCUAUCCAUGGAAUCUCCAUCAUUACAGAGCUUAACUCUGUUUCUUCUCUGCUUCCUCUUCCUCGUAUCUGCUUCUUCUAUCUCAUUUGACUCACAACCACAAGCUUCAUCCAUCUCUCCUCCUCCGCCGCUUCAAUCAUUAACUCCACCGCCGCCGCCGCCUCCUCCGGUAAAGGUCGGGAUAGGUAACAAGGCGAUGCACGAGAAGCACCACCGAAGAAAGAAAUGGAAGCAGAGAAGGAACCAGAACCAAAAGCAGAAGCAGAAGAAGCUGAACACGGGGAAGACGGUGGGGCUCUUCUUCGCCGGUGCAGCUGCAGCUUUGCAAGUAGUUGUUGCUGCUUUCUUGCUUCUCAAAAGAAGACAGCUUCUCCUCAAAAUCAACGAUAACAGACACUGAUUCAAAUGCCCCUCACUUUGGAUCUGUUUGUAUCUUUUGCAGUUAUGGAGUUAAGUCAUCUCAAUUUUGGUCCCUCUUUUGUCUGUAAAGUUUUUAAGUCUUUUUUUUUUUUACUUUUUCCCCUGAGUAAUCCAAUGGAAAAAAAAAUUAGUUUGCUUUUGCCGCUUCAAAGCUCUAAUCUUUCAGACAGAUCUCUCUGGUACCAAUCUGGAACCUGUUGUGUCAUUGAAAGGAAAUUUUGGUAAUAAUAUCAAUCAAAGUUCAUAGAUU